AUUGGGCUAGAGGAGUAAAUUUUUCCAGCAAAAACCUAUUCGGUUCUAUCAAUCCAACAAAACCCAAGAACAAAUCCUUCUUUCAUACGCAUAGUCAAGCAGAAUAGAACCAAGUAUAAUAAUGAAGCUCAAGCAAUUAGAGGGUCUCCUCGGAAAUCUUGAUCAGUUUACUGCUCCUAAGAUUGAACUUGAACAGUACCCAACUGGCCCUCACAUUGCUUCUCGCAUGCUAUUCACUGCUGAGAAUUCAUUUGGGGAUGUGAGUGGCAAAGUUGUGGCUGAUUUUGGCUGUGGGUGUGGCACAUUGGGAAUUGCUGCUGCCCUCUUGGGUGCUGAUCAUGUUGUAGGUUUUGAUGUGGAUGCCGAUUCGCUUGAGAUUGCAUAUUUGAAUGCAGAAGAGCUUGAGCUGGAUGUAAAUUUUGUCCAAUGUGACAUCCGAAAUUUUGAAUUUAGAGAGAAAAUCAUUGAUACAAUUGUGAUGAAUCCUCCUUUUGGAACCCGCAAGAAGGGGGCUGACAUGGAUUUUCUAUCUGUAGCUUUGAAGGUUGCUUCUCAAGCGGUAUAUUCUCUGCAUAAGACGACAACGAGAGAUCUCCGAUAUGACGUCCCACAACUGUACAAGUUUCAUAAGAAAAAGGAGGUUGAUAUCGCAGUGGACCUUUGGCGAUUUGUUCCCAUUGAUGCCGCUUAAAAUGAUGUUCGAUUUGCUGGUGGGUACAUUUUAUUCGUCAAACUGUAAGUGUAAUUUGUUAGCAUGUAAAGGUAGGAAUUGCCAUUCGAAAUGUUAAGACAAACGACCAAGAUUUUUGCUAAUUUAAGGGCUAAUGAAUGAAAAUUGAAUAGCUUUCUUAUUUUGUUAAAUUAAGGGCUGUUUUACUAUCUUGAUUCUUGCUAAAUUUUAUUGACUUUAUAUAGUAAUUCUGAAGUCAAAGAGUUUUAAUAGCAAUAUCUUAUCAGUACCUGUUUUAAGCCAACUCUCGUCUCCAAAACCUCUCUCCUUCCAACAUACUUUCUCAAUACAGACCAUGUUAAGUGCAAUUGUGAUAGGAAGUGUUUGCCAUUUUGUGCUUUGUUUGAAAAUUCAUGCGAAUUUACUCAUUUUUGGUUAUCUAUGUGUGAUUUUGAGUGGUUUUGAUCACUUACAGCUAGGGUGUUCAUUAGCGGGUACCCGGUUAGUCGGGUUUCUUUUUUAACGGCCCGUGUCCUGGCCCAAUUAAUACGGGUAUCUGGAUUUGGGGUACCCGAAAAAGUCGGGUCGGGACAUCGGGUACCCGAGUUUAGUUUUGAGUUUUUUGGGCUGAACUUAUUAUUAAUUAUGUGAUAGUUUUUAAAUACAAUUUGAGCAGAAUUUUGACAGAAUAAUUUAGAGAAUACAACAUCUCAUAUUAAUGAGAUUACAGCAUCAGUAAAAGCAUCAAGACUUAUCCAUGAACACAAUUGAUGUUCUACCCUCAGUAUCAAUGUAUUAUCUUCCGCAAGAUUCAAUUUGGAAGAAAAUGUUCAAUGUAGUGCAUCAAGAAACUCUGAUAGAACAAACAAAUUCAAACCAAAACAAGCCAAGUCUUCAUCUAAAAUGAAACUAAAUUACAAAAAGAAUUGAACAAAACUAAGAAAUCUUCAUAAAAAAACUAACAAAAUAAAGAACCGAAAUAAAAAAACAAAAUCACGAAUUGAAAUCAAGAACUGACCAAAACUGAAAUUAAGAACGUAAAACAAAAUCAAAAAACAAGAUGAACAUAGCUGAGGGAUGAGACGAAGAUGGAGCGAAGGGCGGAAGCCGCCGACAAAGAGAUGGAAGAUGAAGAGAAGAGAACGAAAUCAAAAUCAGCAAAGCAUAGUGAUUAGUGAAUAAGGAAGAAAAAGGAAGAUGAAGAUGAAAACAGUGCCUCUAAGUCUAAGUAACCCUAAGGAAGGAAGAGCAGUUUGAAAUUUGAGAGUGAAAAAGCAAGAGAGAUGGCGCCUUAAACUUUGAAAGACAAAACCCUAAAAAAUAUGCAUUUACUAAACGGGUCACUCACCAGGUACCCGGUUUAUUUUGAAAUCGGCUUAUGACUCAACCCGGGAGUUUCAGUUUUUUUUCGAAAUUUGACCCGCCAUUUAUAUUGCGGGUUAGCGGGUCAUCGGGUUGGGUUUUUUUAACACCCCUACAUACAGCUAGUCUCUUGAGAAACUCUCUU